AUGACCCAAUCAUUACCAGGUGAUGAACCUGUGGGAAUAUCAACAGCAGUUUUCAUCAAUAACUCGCCUGAGUCCCAAUUUGACACUACUUCCACCAUUUUAAAUUCUGACAACACUUCACCAGACCCUGAAACUUUGCGUAAGCAGAAAAACUUUCCAUUUUCUAAAAAUCAAGUUGAUUCUCAACCCACGGUUUCUUCUCCUUUGCCUUCAUCAUCAUCUUUUUCUUCACCACCAAUAAAUAAAACUUUGGAAGUACUAGCUGUAGCCUGGCAUGUAUACUCUAUUCCAGUAAUCCUUUCACUAUUUUUAUUGUGCUGCGCAUUCCCCCCGCUUUGGCCAGUAGUUUCAGUAUAUUUGAUAUACUUUUUUAUUGACAAAGGCUCUGAAAACGGGUCUGCUCCAGAUAGAUCUUCUAUAUUAUUAAGAGCAAGUCCUGUCUGGAAAUAUUUUGCAAACUAUUUUCCAAUUGUUCUUCACAAAACUUGUGAGCUUGAACCUGCUUUUGUCAUAAACAAAGAAGAACAGGAUUAUUCUCGUCAGUUAGAUCAAGAUGAUGUCAGUUUUUCACAGGAUGAAGAUAUGAGCUUUCGUCAGGAACCUCAACUUCAACAAGCUGAGCUGGUAGCGAAUAACCACAAUUGCCUGUCAUCUGUCGACAAAAAUGACGAUAAUACAGCGUAUCUCGAUGAUGAAGAAGAUAACAACCAAUGUUCUCAUGUGACUAUUCGAGACGAGAAUGGUGACCAUCUUUAUCUUGAAACUAUUAACAGACCACAUACAGCAAAUAUCCUUGCUUCAUCGAACAUUUUUCGCUGGCUUUGGGCUGUUAUCAGCAUCAAACGUGAGCCUUGUCAAAAUACACGCACCGGCAAACAAUACAUAUUUGGUUAUCAUCCUCAUGGGAUUAUUGGUAUGGGAGCAGUUGGAGGAAUUGCAACAGAAGGCGCACACUGGUCUAAAUUAUUUCCUGGCGUUCCAGUGACUACGCUUACUUUAGUUAACCAGUUUCAACUCCCUUUAUAUAGGGAAUAUCUUUUAUCAUUAGGUCUUGCAUGCGUUUCGAAAAGAAGUUGUUUAAACCUAUUGAAACGAGGGCAAUCAAUUUGCAUUUUAUUGGGUGGUGCUCAGGAAAGUCUAUUGGCCAGGCCUGGUUACAUGGAUCUCGUGCUUAACAAACGUCAGGGAUUUAUUAAGCUUGCCAUGAGAAUUCCAGGAACUAGCGUAAUUCCUAUUAUUGCCUUUGGAGAAAAUAAUCUAUAUGACCAAGUUCAAAACGAUCCAAACUCAUGGCUUUUCAAUAUUCAAACUUACUUAAAAAAUACUUUGGGGUUCACUCUUCCAUUGAUGCAUGCUCGAGGAAUUUUUAAUUAUGAUUUUGGAAUCAUUCCUUACCGAAGACCUAUCAACAUUGUUGUGGGAAAGCCAAUUGAAAUUCCACAUAUAGAAGCCCCAACUUCAGAACAGAUUGCUGAUUAUCACCGUAUUUAUGUUCAAAGUUUAAAGGAUCUUUUUGAAGAACAUAAAGAUCAAUUCCACAAUUCCCAAGUACUUAAUGAUGGUAUUGAUUAUCAAGAUUUGCGCAUAGUGGAAUAA